AUGAUAGGACUAAUGCGGUGGGCGCGGCCACUAUCAAGCCAGUCGCGUUUCCACGACCCUGAGGACCAUAGGUUGAUGGAGAAUGAAUCCAAUGUCGACAUCAAUCACCAGACGGGCCUACCGGUCCUGGAUGGUGAAAGCGGCGAGGAUGAACUUGCAUUUCGACACCUGCGGGGAGUCGAUACAGUCGACCUAUUUUAUGAUCUCCUCGUCGUAGCCAGCCUUGCGACCGUCACAGCCAGGAGUGAGAUUUUUGAUGCUGCAACCUUGAAAGCAUAUCUCUGUUUCUUCACACUUCUUUGGGUCACUUGGCUGCAGUCCACUCUGUUUGGGAUUCGAUGUCCGGCCGACUCCAGGUUUCGCCAUGUGCACAAAGCAAUAUCAUGGAUAACUAUGACUGUAUUUGUCGUAUGCACGAUGACCUAUGACAUAAUCCACAUCCCGUCUACUAUCCAGGGGUUCAAAGCAUUGUCGUCAAUUUUGAUUACUUCGAGGUUAAUCUUGGCUACACAAUACAUCAUAGUGUUGUGGAACGCUUCCAACCAGGAGAUCAGUAGGCUUCCCUUGAUAUACUCAAUUGGGAGCAUGAUGGUCUCUGCAAUGGCAUUCCUGUUGAUUUUCUGGGGUCUGGGGGAGAACUCGGGAUGCUAUUUGGCCUGGUACGGCGUAUGUGUGGCAGAAGCAACUUCGAUAAUAGGCAUCUUUACAAAGUGGAGGAUGACCAGCGCCAACACAGCACAUCUCGUUGAGAGACUGGGCUUAUUGACUGUCGUCAUCAUGGCAAAGGGAGUUCUCAGUCUAUCGCGAACGACAUACAAAUUGUUCGACACCGUCAAGUGGCCGCUUGCUGAUAAUCUUGGAGAGCUUGUCUGCUCAAUGCUCUUGAUGUAUUUUAUAUUCAUGCUGUACUUCAACCACGCCGAAAACGACAGAUUCGCAUGGACCAGCCAACGAAUCUGGACAAUUCUGCACUAUCCACUCCACGUUGCCAUCCUCGUGAUGAUGGAAGAUUGCAGCUUUUUGAUAUUGUCGAGAGUCAUCAACCAGAUCUCUGGGGCAUGGCAGGCACUACAUCCUCUACAUGACUUUUCUGACUUGAGGACCUUUUUUGAAGGCUACAUUUCCUCACGUGAAGUUGCCUCCGACCUUUUAGACGACAUAGACUCUUUGUUCAACAUAGCAUUCAGAAAUCGGACUCGCUUACUCAACUUGUACAAUUAUACGGAGCAGAUCGAAGAAAUCAAGCACAUUGCUCAACCCUUCAACUCAUUUCAAUGGCAACUCGAGGCUGGUACAAGAAUCGACCGACUGUGGAAUGAAGCAGAGAAUGCGAUAGCCUCUGUCUUCGGCGUGAAUGGGCUCCAGCCACUAGAUCAUAGAUCAUCAGCGGCAUACCAACGACCAGCCACGGACGAGUUGUGUUCGUACUUCUAUCUUAGUGCCGGAUCCCUACUGCUUAUUCUUGCUCUCAUGUCCCUAGUUUCCAAGAAGGACCAUGAGCAAAGUCGGUGGUUGUCCAUAUGGGCGAAUAUCGUCAUUGGACUUGCGUUCCUCCUUCCUGUCAGCUCCAUCUGGGUCAAUAGUGGGACCGUCGAAGCUUUCUACUCCACUCGUUGGACAGUGGUACUAGUCGUGUUUGGGUACUUCACUGUCGCUCUAUCCCACGAUUUGGCACGUCGGACACAAGACCGCCAAAACUGCCAGGGGCAGUCUGAGCGGGAGGAUACCGUGACACAGCUGUUGGAAAAAGGAGUCCAUUGCGGGGGGUCUUAUGCUUGA